AUGGGGGCGCAGCCACGUGAAGCCCAGGCAGCCCCCUGGCCCGCCCCCGACCCCGCAGCCCAACGCGCGCAGGAAUAUGCCGACCAUGACCGUAAGGUCCAGAGGAACCUUGCACGCAUCAACGCCUGCGCAUUCGGCAAAGAUGCACCGCUCAUCGCCGCCAGGUAUGAAGCGACUUGGAAGGCUAUCAAAGACUCGCCCGACUCCGCAUUCGAGUACAAGAAUUUCCCGUUCCCUGUCUUUUUCCCCCUCGACAUCCCUCCUCUCCCAGCGCACAUAACGUACGAACGCGUCAAGGCCUUCGUUCUAAGCCCGGUGCGCUCCAAUGGGGAAAUUUCUAACCGCAAGCAAAUCAAGGACGAGACCCGCCGCUGGCACCCGGACCACUUCUCAAAGACCCUUCGCAAGGUCAGAGAGGACCACCGGGACCUUGUGAAAGAGGCCGCGGACGUCGUGAUUCGUUGCCUGACGGAUCUGAAGGCGGACCCGACCAUCUAG